AUGCAGACCAACAGCUGGUUUCCAUUCGCAAGCAGGUGCAAGCCCACUGUUUCGCGCAGACCUGGUCUUCACGAUUGUCCGGAUUCCAGUACCGUGUCGAAAAUCCAACCCUCUCACCACUACCACGAAUCUACGAUUUUACGCUGUCACGACUGGAGGAAAGCCGAGGGAUCCGGACUGUUGCGACAAUUGCCAACAUAUUUUGGCACUUCGUUCGAAGCGCAUCAUCGAUACCCAACUUUGAUCGGAGUCGCACGCAGGUGCGGAUGCAAAUUUCAUCUUAUGUACGACGAAGACAGUGAGCGAAGGGAGGAUGAUUGCGUAAUAGCGUGCUACGAAUAA